CCAAAACUUGAAACCCUAGUUUUCUUUCAUUCUCGCCUCCUUCCUCUGGAACCUUAAUUUAUCCAUUUUUCCGCCUCCUUCUCUUAAACCCUAAUUUUUUCUCAAACUCUUCUUUCAUGGCACAGCCAUUUACAAAUCUGCUUAAGUUUGACACCGACUUCUGGAACUCGGUGCCAACUAAAGUACCUUUUAAACCAGCCCAUGUAAUUUGGGACUGGGAUAAUGCUCCACUUCCCUUAGGAUAUGAUAUUGAACUUUUGUUGCCCAAGAUUCAAACAGCAUUGACGAUCUAUGAUACGAAUCUUAAGAUCAAGACUUUCGCAGCCUGUGGGAGCUUUUUCGGUUUAGGCGUAAAUGAAUUACCUGAGGAUCAAUCUUUCUUCAGAGAAGAAAGAUUAAGCUAUCUCGACGCAAACAACCCACCUUACCGAUCCUUUAGAACGCCGGUUAGGGUAAGAAAGUGUGCGAAAUGUGGUCACGAGUCUACAAAUCUCACCUGGAUGAAUGACGCUCAACUUGAGGAACACUACAAGAAAAACCAUCAAGACGAUUACUCGAGAGUCAUGGACGUGGGAGAUGCGAUUUUAGCUCGCGAGAUAAAAUAUCUGAAUAUGACAGAUCCACCUCCAGGUGUUGUUCUGUUAAUUUCCGAAGAUAAAGACUUCGCGAAGUCUCUGAAGUUCGCGGUUGAGCAAGGUUAUAAAGUAUUGCUAGCAACACCCCACGAAGCAGAAGAUCUUGAACCUUUUGCUAAAGCUGUCUGGACAUCGUCUAAGCUGUUUGAAGGAGGAGUAGAUGGUCCUUUUAAGUCCCGUUAAAUCUGUUUAGGAUUAGGGAGUGACUUAGUUGUGUGAUCAGGGAUUGUGCUCCUUUAUCUCCAUUGUGUAUCCGAAUUCCAAUCUAAUCUAUGUAUGAUUACUUCUUUUUUUUGGACAAAAUCUAUGUAUGAUUCCAUUAUCUCCAUUGUGUAUCCGAAUUCCAAUCUAAUCUAUAUAUGAUUUCACGGAA